AUGGCUAGGGGUACUUUAAAACAACAAUUAAAAAGUCAUAUAUCAAAAGUGAAGAAUGAUGAAUCAACAAACCCAAACAAGAAAUCUAAUAAAUCCUCUACAUCAAAAUCAAAUACAAAAUCAAAAGAAAAUGAAGUAGAAGAAACUCCAAUAAUACCCAAACCAGUUUUAAAAAAUCCUGAAUCACCAGUUACAAAAGACAAAAAAGAUGAUUAUAAAAGUGAUACAUUAUCCAAAAAAGAUCAACGUAAAUUGAAGAAAUUACAAGAAAAAUUAGCUGAACAAGAAGCUAGCGAAUUGAAUCCAGAAGAUGCUAAAGAAGAUGGAGAAGACGAAGAAGAAGAUGAAGAUGAAGAAAUAGAAGAUUUGGAUUUGGAAAGAUUAGCACAAAGUGAAAGUGAAAGUGAUUUAGAUUCCGAUGAAGAUGAAGACGACGAAGAUGAAGAUGAUGAAGAUGUUGAGGAUGUCAAUGAACAAAUUGAAGCUGAAGAAGUAGAAGAAGAAGAUGUACCGUUAUCAGAUGUUGAGUACGACUCAGAUGCAGAUAUAAUCCCACAUACAAAACUUACAGUAAAUAAUACAGCAGCAUUAAGAGAAUCAUUAGCUCGUAUACAAUUACCAUGGUCAAAACAUUCAUUCAUUGAACAUCAAUCAAUAACAAGUCCAGAAAAAGCAGAAUCAACUAUAAAAGACAUAUAUGAUGAUACAGAAAGGGAAUUAACAUUUUAUAAACAAGGUUUAGAUGCAGUCAAACAAGCAAGAUCAAUAUUAUUAAAAUUAAAAGUUCCAUUUUCACGUCCAGUUGAUUAUUUUGCAGAAAUGGUUAAAAGUGAUGAACAUAUGGAUAGAUUAAAAACAAAAUUAUUAGGUGAAGCAGCAAAUAAAAAGGCAUCAGAAGAUGCUAAAAAGCAAAGACAAUUGAAAAAAUUCGGUAAACAAGUCCAACAUGAAACUUUACAACAAAGAGCUAAACAAAAGAAAGAAACUUUAGAAAAAAUUAAAAGUUUGAAAAAGAAAAGAGGAGCAAAUGAAAUAAGUAAUGAUGAUGAUUUUCAAAUUGCUUUGGAAGAAGCUACUAAAGAUGAUUACAAGAGUGGUAAUGGAGGAGAUAGUAAAAGAAGGAAAAUUAAUGGGAAAAGAAUGGCUAAGAACGCUAAAUAUGGUUCUGGUGGUAUGAAAAGAGGUUCAAGAAAAAACGAUGCUGCUUCAUCUGCUGAUAUUUCUGGAUUUUCAACCAAAAAAAUGAAAGGUAAAACAUCAAGACCCGGUAAAAGUAAACGUUCAAGAAGAUAA